GUAAAGCGGCAGACGCUUGGAGUGUACGAGUAGCGAACCACUCCUAAAUUAAUCGCAGUUACUAAGCCCCAAAUUUAUCUCCUUUUGGAGAGCUAAAUACUAUGUUCGUCAUAGAUUGAACUGGAUUAUUAGCUCUAUAUUUAGCUGCUCGCAGAUCCAUCCAACUUUUGUCCUCAUCGCGGUGUUUGGAUUUUAAAUCGGACGUUUUGAGUCUGGUGAAUGCGGUGAGACAUUUCCAUUGUUCUUCCACGUCCAACGCACAUCCCAGCCAAAGCCAUGCCGUUCCCAUUUGGGAAGUCUCAAAAGAGCCCUGCAGAGAUUGUGAAGAGUCUGAAGGAGAAUGUGGCAUACUUGGAGAAGCUGGAAUCAUCUGAAAGCAAGAAAUGUGAAAAGGUUGCAGAGGAAGUAUCCAAAAAUCUCUCGUCGUUGAAAGAGGUGCUGUGUGGCACUGGAGACAAGGAGCCUCAGACCGAAGCAGUGGCCCAACUUGCUCAAGAGCUCUACAACACCAACCUCCUCAUUUCCCUCAUAGCAAAUCUACAGAGGAUUGAUUUCGAGGGAAAGAAGGAUGUGGUGCAUCUGUUUAGCAACAUAGUACGUCGCCAGAUUGGUGCUCGCACGCCGACUGUGGAGUACAUCUCUUCUCACUCACAAAUCCUCUUUAUGCUGCUGAAAGGCUAUGAAACCCCAGAAGUGGCUCUAAACUGCGGAAUGAUGCUGAGGGAAUGUCUGCGUCAUGAUCCUCUAGCCCGAAUCGUUCUGUUCUCUGAAGAUUUCUACUGCUUCUUUCGCUAUGUGGAGAUGUCUACCUUUGAUAUUGCCUCUGAUGCUUUUGCAUCUUUUAAGGAUCUCCUGACAAGACACAAGAUCAUGUGUGCUGAUUUCUUGGAGACACAUUAUGACAGAGUGUUCACAGAGUAUGAAAAGCUGCUGCAUUCUGAAAAUUAUGUCACCAAGCGCCAGUCUCUGAAGCUCCUGGGAGAACUACUGCUGGACAGACACAACUUCACAGUCAUGACCAAAUACAUCAGUCGAGCUGAGAACCUAAAGCUGAUGAUGAAUAUGUUGAGAGACAACAGCCGCAACAUCCAAUUCGAAGCCUUCCACGUCUUUAAGGUGUUUGUGGCAAACCCCAAUAAGACGCAGCCUGUGCUGGACAUCCUCCUCAAGAAUCAGUCUAAGCUGGUGGAAUUCCUGAGCCACUUUCAAACGGACCGUUCUGAAGACGAGCAGUUCUGCGAUGAGAAGAACUAUCUCAUUAAGCAGAUCCGAGACCUCAAACGGCCCGCACCAGCAGAGGAGUCCUAAUGGGAAGAUGUGGAGCGUAGAACCGGGGCGCUCGGCUAGUGACAUGGUUUGAUUUAUGUGGGGUGAGAUUUGGAUUGAAGGGAAAACAGAAAGUCAAAGAACGAAACUAAGAAAGGCAUCGCUGGGAAUAAAUCUUUUCAUAUAACCUGGUUGAGAAAUGCUGUCAGGAUGUGCAAACACAUGUCUGUCCCUUUAUUUGGGGCCAGCAGGUUUUUGCUGCAGGAGGAGCAGGUGGAACCGAAGCACUCCAUUUAAACCUACAUACAAUUAGAGCACUGCCCUUACAAAGGAAGUCAAAUUGAUUUGCCUUUAUAUGAUAAAUUAAAAAGUUCAUCCAAAUUCAUCCAUUCAGGGCUUUUUAACAUUUUUUUAGAAGUUAAAGUACAUUGGUACAGGUAUGGCUUUGCAUGUUUGCACUAAAUCUGGUAGCUUUGCUUCAGGUUGGCCAUUAGUGCCAGUUCUUAAUCUUGCAACAAGAAAACCAAAUGUUAAUGAACACACAAAGUAAAAAUAGUAGGUCAUAAAUACAGUAGAGUAUGGGGCCAUCUUUCCAGCAGACUAACACCAAUUCAAUGGGACAUUCUCACAUUUAAACUAGUUAAAGGACAUAAAAAGCAUUAUAAUAGCCAGAAAAUGUCAUGUGGUUCAGCAAAACCUUAUCUUUGAGGAAAAAUAGCCCGUGGAGUUCAGUGGUCAUGCUGCACUCCAUUUCCAUUUUUAACUGGGUGCCUUAUUUAAAAAGUUUGGUCAUUCUGGGUCUUAUAUUACAUUUAUUUAUCUAUAACCUUGGAUUUGUAGUAUUAUUCUGCUUUUGCUUGGGUUAACACCUUAGGAGGACUAGUUUCAUUUUAAACUAUUAAAACAUUGUGAAAUAAUUGAAAAGGUUGUACUCAUUUAAAGAUUUGUUUUUCUCAGUUAAAGAGAGGUUCACCCCAAAAUUUAGUAAUUUACUAACCCCCAGGUAAUCCAAGAUAAAGGUGACCCCUUUUUCCAUUAGAAUGUUAAAGAAGCAUUUUAGUUUAAACCAUGAUCCUUAUUUGAUUUCACAAAAUGCAAAUCAAAGGCUGUUUGCAUGUUUAGAGCCUAAAAAGAGAAACCUUAACAGCGUUUUGCCUCUAUAGGUUUUUUGACUCCUAACGUACUGGUAGCUGUUGACUUGCAUUUUAUGAUUCAUUUAUGAUCACAGUUUGAGCAAAAAAAGUCGCCAACAUCUUGGAUGCCUUUAAAGGCAAGUAAAUUAACAUCAAAUUUUAAUUUUGAGGUGAACUCUGCAUUUAAAAUAAACUGUGAAAUGAACUCAAGUGGAAAAACAUGGUACACAAUUACAGUGCAAGACAUGAUAACCUCCACACACGCACUGUAACACUGAAGAGAUGUAAAAAGCUGAAGCAUGUUGUGACUUUCCUCAUGCUGCAUUUUGAUGGACUUCGUUUAGACUAGCCAAUUAAGCCUUUAAAAGAUGGAUGCAAUAGGAAAGACUGUUUAACGCCGUUCUUCAUGUCCUGCACUGUCAAACUUGAAUGAGCCAAAGCCGUGGUAACGCACGUUAUAUCUUAAGAUGCCUGACUAUGUACAACUAUGGAUUGCACUUUUCAGUACGUCUUGGACGUUUUGGAUGAAAUGCAGAACAGGAUUCUACUGAGAGGUUCCACCAUUAGUCUUUAUACUCCGAGUUGAAUAUGUUUUAUGUACUCUGUUUGCACAAAAGUUCCUUUCUUAUAUACCUCAUAGGUUUUAAAUUCAUAAGUGCUGUUUUCCCCCCCAGCUUUGAUUAAAUUCAUAUUGAAGUAACACAUUGCAGUAAGGUCAUAGAUUUUAUUCAUGUUUCAAGUUGCAUAAAUUAACAUUAGUUUGUAUUAUGAAUUGAUAAUGAACAAAGUGUGCAAUUAAAAUUAUUUAAAAGGCAUUAAUUCACCUAAAAAUGUCUAUUUUACUUACCCUUAAGUGGUUCAAACCUUUUGUGAUAUUUGUUUCUGUUUAAAGCAAUAUAGUUUGGAAACUGGUAACCAUUGACAUCCAUAGUAGGAAACAAAAUACUAUGGAAGUCGGUGGCUACCAGUUUUAUACAUUUCUUUAAAAUCUUAUCCUUUCAACAGUUUUGGAACCGGUGGAGGGUGAGUACAUAUUUUUUUGGGGGGUGAACUAUCCAUUUUAAUGCUAGCAAAUCAAACCAAACCUUAUUGUAAAGUUUCUGGUAUUGUAGAUUUAGAGUGGUAGUUGAAUUAUGCAAGCCUAAAUAAGACCUUACAACAUGCCACAGUUGUGGUCUUGCAAUGCUGAAUAGGACCUUCAAGGGAAACGAUUGAAUCUUUGCAGUUUGCUAAUGGGUACAUAGAAUGUUACUCACUGUGCUUUUUAAAUGAGCCACAGUUUCACUCUAAAAUGUUUUUAAUGAAUGAAUGCAAAUGUUUGCUUCUGCUUUGACAUUUCUUUUCAGUCAGCUCAUCGCCAGAAGCUAAAAAACCAAACAUUUUUUUCAUUUUUUUUGAAAGUCUGACUUGUGCAUGCGGAACUUCAUUUGUAUUUUGGAGAGAAAGGGGGAAAACCUUCAGAGCUGCCUUUCUUUUGCUUUUAUAAAAAUGUUUAUGAAAAUUGCAAGGCCUUUGUGUUAAACGGUGGCUUAGACUGAUUCACCCCCCCACCCCCCUUAAAAAAUAUCUACAGCUAUCUAUAACCAAAUAUUUCCACCAUUUCAUUAAAUGUCACUUGAUACCACAAGUACAAGAAUGGGUGUUCAGCCAAAUGUGAUUAUUCCGCUGACAGGGUUUUAAAGGAGGUUUUGUCCUUAAGCUUGUUGAAGCUUUGAGCCUUCAGAUUCUCCAUGCAGUGAUAAUGAUCUCUGAGGACAAAGAGAUUCCAAAUAAUGUUUAAUCUUUGAUAAGUUAUUACGGUGCAUUACAUAUACCUUUAUUAUUUGCAGUUUUGACUGAUGUUUGCUAUGCUUUUCACUGUUUUUCACUCAUUUUCCUACGAGUUUUCUGUUCUGUUUUCCACUGGGAGAGGACUAUACAUGUACAUAAAGUUUUAUUUUAAAAAGACGAGUAAGUGUGGAAGCAUAUUGGAAAUUAAACAAACAACAGCACUUCUUGUGUGUGCGCGAUUUCAACAUGAUUUUUGUUUUUAUUUAACCCCUUCAGACCCGAAUUAUGUUCCAAGUUUCUGAAACAUGUAAAAGUAUGUUUUUACAGUUCUUGAGGCUCCUAUAAAUGAGACCAAAUAAUAAUAAAAAUUCAACACCCUUUAA